AUGUUUACGGGUCUGGUUGAGACAAUUGGGACCGUCACGGCCCUCGAGCCCCUUGACACCACCACCAGCGGUGGUGGGGGCACGUCACUCACCAUCUCGGACUGCGCGGAGAUCUUGACGGACGCGCAUCUGGGGGAUAGUAUUAGCGUGAACGGGACAUGUCUGACGGUCACAGAAUUCGACAAGACCUGGUUCAAAGUCGGAGUUGCGCCGGAGACGCUGCGCCGCACGAAUCUCGGGUCGUUGACGACUGGAUCCCCGGUGAACCUGGAGCGCGCGGUGUCGGCCGAUACGCGCAUGGGCGGUCAUUUCGUGCAGGGCCAUGUCGAUACGGUCGCGACGAUCUUGUCGGUGACUCCUGAUGGCAAUGCGCUGGUGUUCCGGCUGCAGCCGCGCGAGAAGGACAUCCUCCGCUAUGUCGUUGAGAAGGGAUAUGUCACCCUUGACGGGGCGAGUUUGACCGUCACCAAGGUGGUGGAUGGGGAGGAUGGGUUCUGGGAGGUGAUGCUGAUUGCCUAUACGCAGGAGAAGGUGGUGACGGCGGGCAAGAAGGUGGGCGAGGAGGUGAAUGUCGAGAUUGACAUUGUGGGAAAAUACGUCGAGAAGAGCGUGCAGGGCUACUUUGCAGGCACGGCCAACGGGGAUUUUGCGGUGUUGGAAAAGAUGGUGGCCCGGAUUGUGGACGAGAAGUUGAAGAAAUAA